AUGAUUGAUGAGGGCGAGGGAGAAAAUAAUGGAGAUUACAUUAUUGCGGAAGAUGAUGAUAUUGAAUGGAUUAAGUCAUCAGAAUAUCAAUUAAAAAAUUACGAUAUUUUGACCAAACAAAAGAUUAAAGAAUACAAAGAUAUAAAUGAAAAGACACAAAUAGCUAAUACCCAACUUGAGUUAAUAAGAGCUGAGAUGGACGAAGAUGAUGUCGCAAUCAAGAAAGAUAAAAUAUUAGUUGAAAUGAUUGAUGAGGGCGAGGGAGAAAAUAAUGGAGAUUACAUUAUUGCGGAAGAUGAUGAUAUUGAAUGGAUUAAGUCAUCAGAAUAUCAAUUAAAAAAUUACGAUAUUUUGACCAAACAAAAGAUUAAAGAAUACAAAGAUAUAAAUGAAAAGACACAAAUAGCUAAUACCCAACUUGAGUUAAUAAGAGCUGAGAUGGGUCAGAUUAUAUAG